AUGUCCAGCAACAUUGCAAUGGAUUUGAGCAUGGUCCCGGGAACGCCAUCCGCGACCUGGGCCACGGACCUAAGGCUGCGCCAGACUUUCGAUGAGAUUGAUGAAGGGCACAAGGGCUUCCUAGAGGAGGGGGACCUUCGGCAGUAUGCACAGCAGCACGGCCUCCCCACAGAAUACAUCCCAGCCUUCAUGCAGUCUGCGCUACGAGGAGGCCACACAUACCUCAGCUUUGAUCGCUUCCGGCAGUACAUAAGCGGGCGGGAGAGCAGCCUGAAGAGGACGUUUGACAGGCUGGACGCUGACGGGGAUGGCAGGCUGACAGCAGAGGAGGCAGUGGAGGCGUUGUUACAGCAUGCACUGGAGCCCACAGGAGUGCGCCGCAGGCAGCAGAGCGGGCGCAGCAUGAGCUUCUCGGAUUUCCGGCAGCUGUUUCUGCUACUGCCGCAGACCGACAUGCUUGUCGAUUACUGGCUGCGCGCCGCGUGCCCCGGCGCAUGUGAUAUCGGCGGAGGCGUGGUCAUGCAUGACGGGAACGCCUCCGCGCGGGGAUCUCCCUGGGGUCAUCUCAUGGCGGGGGCAGCUGCUGGUGCGCUCUCUCGAACGGCCGUCGCGCCGCUUGAGACACUCCGGCUCCAGGCCAUGGUCGGGCAGAGCAAGGCGCCAAAUUUGAUGGCAGCGGCGCGGGGCAUUGUGGCAAGCAGCGGCGUGGCCGGCCUCUACAGGGGCAACCUGGUCAAUGUUUUGCGCUCCGCGCCUCAGAAAUCCCUCGACUUCUUUGCCUUUGACAUGUUCAAGGGCCUGCUGCGCGCGAAGGGCGCUCGGACACCGCUGCCGGUGUUUGCGGCGGCCGGCAUGGCGGGAGCGGCCAGCAGCGCUUUAUUGUAUCCGCUGGAAGUUGUGCGCAGCCGCAUCACCUGCGACACAUUGGGGCUCUAUGGAGGGACGGGGCAUACGCUGAGGAGGAUAGUGCGGGAGGAGGGAUUUGGUGCGCUGUACCGGGGGAUUGGGCCGAGCGUGGCUGCCAUUAUCCCGGAAGCUGCUAUCACCUACGGCCUGUUUGAUACGCUGAAGCGGGGCUACGCGCGCGUUGGCGGCCGGGGUGAGGCGGGCGUGCUGCCGUCAAUAUCGUUUGGCGUGGUGUCUGCGUUCGUGGGCCAGCUUGUGGCGUUCCCUCUCGAGACCGUCUCCCGCCGCAUGCAGGUGGGCGGGUGCAGCAGCGAGGCUCUGGGGUUCCUGCCAACGCUGCGAGACAUAGUGCGCAAGGAUGGCGCUCUUGCUCUGUACAAGGGCGUUGGCGCGGCGUCGCUGCGAGUGAUUCCGAUGGCUGUGGUGUCGUUUGGCACGUAUGAGGCGGUGCGGCUUUGGCUGACCGCCCUGGAAGAGCACUUGCGACAGCACAGAUCGGCCGACGGCAUGCAAGAAUCCCAGCCUGUGUGUGUCAGCAACAAGUAAGCUGUGAGGCAUGCUUUAUGCAGUGUUGCCAGUUGCUUUGCAGCUGGAGCAUGGGUGUGCAAUGAAAAUGACCUCGAGAGGCAGCUAGGAUGGAUGAGACUGAAUUUGAAUGGAAUAAGCAUGAUAUACUAAUUUCUUCAAAUUUCAUCAGGCGCUAAUUAUAAUCAGCCGCCUGAUCCUGCUUUUGCGGGAAGCUGUUUGCUUAAUCAAGAGCAUAUAUCCUUGUACAAUGCUGUCAAGAUGUCUCAUUACUGGUAUGUAUGUGAUAGAAUGUACAAUUAAACCUACAACAUUGCUAUAUGUAUACUCGAUAGCAGUAAGCAACGUUGCAACAGU